CUAAAUACUAAAUAAUUACAUAAUUGAAAACACACUGUAGAUGGCCCGGUUUUUCGCCGUUUAAAAUUACAUUAUUACAUUUGUUCCAUGUCCGGCAAAAAUGACAGCCUUUCAGAAGGGAUGAAUGGACUUGUAGUUGUUUCUGUCAUAUCUCACAUAGGAAUCAGUUUGGGGAAAAACUACAAGCCCCAGCAACCUGACCAUCUUAGGUCAAAAAGUUGUAACGCAAAAAACGGCGCGUCGUUCUGGAGAGGUGACUACUAUCCACUAUGCAUCCGUUAUUUUAAACAUGUAUUAAGUCGUUGUUUAAUCCAAUGAAAGCGUAGCGUUAUAUGCUGCGAUUUUAUCUAAAUGCAUUGCGUCAAUGAUGGAGAAAGAAGAGAUACCUCCUAGAAACUUUAGCUGCUUAUAGUAAAUUUGCCACUAACGCUCGUUAGCUACCUAGGAAAUGCACUUAGGUCUGUCUAGAUGUGCCCUACUUGUAGGGGAGCGAGCUAGCUUCAAUGGUGCCAGUGCACUCUUCUCCUAUUGUAACCGGACUUCCACGAAUACUUUCUCUACCUGCAAUGCAUUUUCAAAUCGCAAGAAAAGUCCAUACAGUUCCGUGGACAGCGAACGCUACUCAAAACUUGUCAAGUCAGUCAUGACCCACCGAGUCAGUGCUCAAACACCCGAGAGUCUAGAAGAGCAAGAUACUCACAUCUACGGACCUGUGAUAAAAUCCUCAACUCCUAACCAACCUUUACCCAAAGUGCCUAAAACUCGCCACCCUUUGCUCAACCACGAAAAGGCUUUUGCAAUUAGCGAAACUGAGCACGGAGCGGCUCCAGCCAGAAUUAUCCUACAAAGGGGUCAGGAUAGGGGCUCUGUUCCCAGUGUCACCCGUAUCCUACAGCAAACUCUAUCCCCAGAGCAACAGUUUUUCCUCGAGAGAUGGAGGAAGAGGAUGAUCGCUCAACUUGGAGAGGAAGGCUUCAAAGAAUACAGCCAGAAUCUUUUCAGGCAGGGCAAGCUCUUCCACAUAGCUGUGGAGAAUGUUCUACCAUUAAAAACUGAGGAAAAGGCACCAGAGGUUCCAGCAGAAGUGGAAGGAUACAUGGAGAGUAUUCGGCACGUGAUGGACGACAUUAGGGGAGUGAGAGCCAUCGAGAGCCGCGUGCUACACAACAAACUAGGCUACCUGGGGAUUGUGGACUGUGUUGCCCUUUACAGGGGUGUGCUGUGUGUGAUUGACUGGAAAACAUCAGAGAGGUCUAAACCUUUCCUGGACAACACAUACGACAACCCUCUUCAGGUGGCAGCUUACGUCGGUGCCCUGAACAAUGAUGUGAACUACAACUACCAGGUGGAGAAUGGUCUGAUUGUGGUGGCCUAUAAAGAUGGUUCACCAGCCCAUCCACACUUACUGAGCUCGGACCAGGUGCUACAGUACUGGGAGAGAUGGCUGGUGCGAUUGGAGGAGUACUCGGAGAAGAGUUGAAAGGGCGAGAACCACAUGUAUUGCUGCUGUCUACCGGGAUCUGACACUGUGUUGGUUUUCUUUCAGUUUUUUCACUGACAUUUUACCAGGGAAGUAUGCUGAGAAUAGACCUGGAUGCAAGAGAGAGAGAGAGAGAGAAUUAUUUCUUAUACAAACACAAAGUUACUGUAUUAUCACAUUAAGUAAGAUCUAAAGUUAACUUAACUCUUUAAAGAAAAUUUAGUUGGUUUGAAACACUGAAACUCUUCCCACAGUGGAACUUCUGUGUGAGAGCACUGGUGUCUAAUGAGACAAAUCUCUUGACUGAAGCUCUUAUUACACUGGGACUGAGGUACAGCUCUCCAGUGUGAAUGCAUCAGUGUGUUCUAAGAUGUCCCACUCUGUUGAGAGCUUUUCCCACACUGGGGGCAGUGGUAAUGUAGUGCUCACCAUUCACAUUGAAGAGAAAUGAGUAUGGGAGAGCCCUUAAGCGUUAUCCACAAUUAAUACAACAACAAGAAAUUAUUUCAUUCUGUAAAACGAACAGAAAACAUCUCUAAUUCGUCAGUCGAUACCUACUGAAGGUUCUGCACUGUACAACCCUGUUUCCAAAAAGUUGGGACGCUGCAUAAAAUGCAAAU